AAAUGGACAUCAACCUAGGAUUUAAAUUGUCACCAACAUGCUGCAUCAAUAGGAUCAGGCAGAGUGAUAGAGUUAACAUUCUCUAUUGCUCUGGAAUCGGGGCUUCCCCUGAUUCAAUCACUCCUUAUAUGGCUUGAUGACGUACUACGUCAUCUGUCAGCCACGGAGGACACGCCCCUUUAAUUCGCAAAGUUUGCGGAAGUUAUUGUUUGACUCGGACGGUGAAGUAAACACUGUGCCCGUUGUUUACCUCGUACACACACUCAAAUCACCAGGUUGUUUAAGGUUUUUAAGAGAUGGACAUCAACUCGGAGAAGAAACAGCGGAUCCUCUCCAGGUAUAAAUUCCAUGAUGUUGCAAUAGAGGAGUUAGAGAAAAUCCAUCGUGUGUACCCUGAUAUGCAACUAUCGAACGGCACCUACACUUUUACUGACGGCACUCAGAAAGAUCUCCUGAAGCUGAUAGGAAACCUUCCAGUAACAUAUGACGGGCAAUCGUACAACUUCCCGAUCCUGCUGUGGCUGCUGGACUCCUUCCCCUUCACGCCUCCCAUCUGCCUGCUGCGGCCCACCCCCGCCAUGGUGAUCAGGGAGGGCCGGCACGUGGACGCCCGGGGACGCAUCUACCUGCCCAUGCUACACAACUGGGACCACCCCAAGACCAACGUGGUGGCUCUUCUGAAGGAGAUGAGCACCAAGUUCCAGCAGGAGGCGCCGCUGUCGUCGAAGGCCAGCGGAGACGAGGACCCCCACAAGCUGCUGGCGUCCAUCUCCAGCCUCCAGAAAGAAGGAGGAGUACGGCACCACGACCAACCCCACCACAAAGUGUCCGUCAUAGGGGGAGGGGACUUGGGAAUGGCUACCGUGAUGAGCAUCUUGGCCAAGGGCAUGGUGGACAAACUGGUUUUCAUCGAUGUGGCGGAGAGCUCAACCAAGGGUGGAAGCGGCGACCUUGAGAUCUUCAGACUGCCCAAGGUGGAGGUGUCCAAAGAUCUGUCUGCAUCAGCAGGGUCCGCGGUCGUCGUGGUGACGGCCAACGCGUGGAGCAACGAGCAGUCGUACGAGGGUGUGGUGCAGACCAACGUUGACAUGUACCGCGGGAUCAUCCCCACGCUGGCCCGCCACAGCCCCCACGCAGUGAUGCUCAUCGCCUCCCACCCAGUCGACAUCAUGACCCACGUGGCCUGGAGGCAGAGCGGCCUGCCCCCCACGCACGUGAUCGGGGCAGGGUACAAUCUGGACUCAGAGCGCCUCUGCCAGGCGCUGGACAUCAACCUCAACGUACACAAGCAGGCCUGGAUCCUCGGAGAGCAGACGGGUGGAAAGGUGGCGGUCAUGAGUAACGUUGGGACCAGUUCCAGCCAGGCCAGCCAGAGGGUGCAGAUCGCUCCGAGCUCCAGCGCCAGUAAACCCCUGCUGGAGAGGGCGCUGGACAUGACGAAGAACCGAGGCCAGCGGUCGUGGUCCGUGGGUCUGUCCCUCGCCGACAUCACCCACACCGUCCUGACGGGCCGCCACAAGGUCCACUCCAUCUCCACCCUGGCCCAGGGCUGGGGCGGGGUGGUGUCGGAGGUCUUCCUCAGCCUGCCCUGCCUUCUGGGUGCAAACGGAUCCAUGCGUCUGGCCGAGACCACCCUGGGCCAGGAGGACCGCUCUGCGCUCGAGACCAGCGUCACCUCCCUCUCCGACCUUAUGACCAAGCUGAGGCUAUGACCGCUGCUCCAGGACUCCUGUCCCAACCCUAGCGGCUAGCAGUUAGCAUCAACCGCUAGCAGCUAGCACCAACCGCUAGCAGCUGGCACCAACCGCUAGCAGCUAGCACCAACCCCUAGCCAGAUCCUAACUAAACACGUUGCAACUCUACCGAGCGAGACCCAAGCCAGCAUGUUCCUGGUUGGUGUGUUUCACCAAACUGGGUUGAAGUAGACGUGUUGGGUUUCCUGUGCCCGCCAAACACUAACAAAGAUGCAGUCCAUGAAGUUGUGAUAUAACAAAUGUUUUUUUUAAACACGGGUAAAUAAUGCGAAUGCUGUCUUUUUCGUAAAUUAUGAAUUUUUUACAUUGUCAUCUCAUUCAUGAAGAAUAAUGCAGACAAAAUGGAUGUAGAAAAAUGUUUAACAAAACUCGAUAUUUUACCAAAGAGAAAUACCUUGACGACCUUUGACCUUUUGCACUUUCACCAGACAGGUACGUUAGAGGCUUAGGUAAAUGCAUACCUCAUGAAAAGGAUAUCUCCCAGAAAAUGUAAAGAUACUCUGUUGUUGAAGUGCCUUUUCUCAUAUAUCCUAACUAUAUAUUUGUCCAUGACAAAAGGUGGAAGUGGUGUAUAGUAUAUAAUACUAAGUGCAAUAAACGUGAGACUUUA